GCAUUACGCAUGCGCGUUAAGUGUCGAGUACAAGUCGACAUGGCGUACGUCCGAUCGGUUAUACAGCAACCUGUUCGUGCGUCUUUCGUUAAAUAGGCCUUAUUUGUGUGGUGAAUUCGUUAUUAAUUUGUGCCCUUGGAUUAAAAAACGUGUAAAGAUGACAACGGAACGCGAUCGGAAAGUACAGGAAAGAGAAAAACUGAAAAGUAUUAUAGCCCAAUGGAAUGCCAAUCGUUUGGAUUUGUUUGCUCUCAGUGAUCCUAACGAAGAAUUAGAAUUUCAUGGAGUUAUGCGUUUCUACUUUCAAGAUGCUGGGCAAAAAGUGGCUACAAAGUGUAUACGUGUUGCCAGUUCAGCAUCAACUCAAGAUUGCAUUGAAACAUUAAUUGAAAAAUUUAGGCCUGAUAUUAGAAUGUUAUCUGUUCCUGAAUAUGCAUUAUAUGAAAUACAUGAAAAUGGUGAUGAAAGAAAGUUGGGUGAAGAAGAAAAACCUCUCUUAGUCCAAUUAAACUGGCAUAAAGAUGAUAGGGAAGGACGAUUUUUAUUACGUCGUAUGGAUGAAAAAUCUUAUUUACCAAGCAUUCCUGAAGGAAAUAGUUUUAAAAGAAAGCUUUCAAAACGAGAGAAAAAAGAAAAGAAAAAACGUGAAAAGAAAGAAAAAUUAAAGGCAUCAGAUGAGAAAAAAGAUGGAAUUGCUGAACGUUUGUAUUCAGAACUACCAGAAACAAGUUUCACACGAUCAAUUUCAAAUCCAGAAGCUGUUAUGAGGAGACGAAGACAGCAAAAGCUUGAAAAAAGGUUGCAACAAUUUAGACAAGAAGGUGGCACAGAAGCUGGAGAAAUUACAUUACCAAGCAUUCCUGAAGGAAAUAGUUUUAAAAGAAAGCUUUCAAAACGAGAGAAAAAAGAAAAGAAAAAACGUGAAAAGAAAGAAAAAUUAAAGGCAUCAGAUGAGAAAAAAGAUGGAAUUGCUGAACGUUUGUAUUCAGAACUACCAGAAACAAGUUUCACACGAUCAAUUUCAAAUCCAGAAGCUGUUAUGAGGAGACGAAGACAGCAAAAGCUUGAAAAAAGGUUGCAACAAUUUAGACAAGAAGGUGGCACAGAAGCUGGGGGUACUUUAAGGAUUUUUGGAGAGAAUUUGAAUAAAGAUGUCCCAUAUAAAACAUUGUUAUUAUCAACAAAAGAUACAGCUGCUUAUGUGGUAAAGGAAAUUUUGGAAAAAUAUGGACAUGAUAAAGAAGAUCCUGUUCAGUAUUGCUUGGUGCAAGCUAUUGUUCCUACAUCAUCUGUUGGUAUAGAUGGAGAUUUACAAGAAUAUCAUAGUAAUAUACCUGGAGUUAGAGAAUAUAUUUUGGAUGAUGAUGAUUGUCCUUUAGCCAUUGAACGUCAACACAAUAGAUCCAAAGGUAUAUUGAUAUUUCAUGUAAAAAGGAAACCUGCUGAUUAUCAACCACGUAAAAGGAAAAAAAAACCAAAACCCUCCAAAGGAGAAAUGGAUGGAUAUAAAUAUGAAGAUUCCUUAGAGAGGCUGCCAUAUUUGUUAGAGUUAAAUCCAGAUGGUAGUGAAAUUCAUGGUGCACCAAAGAAACACAGAUUAUAUUUAAAUGUUACUGAAGUAGGAAGUGAAAGAUCAAGUUCUACUGGAGGUCAAUGUUUACAAUUGUUUGGACCAAAUGUUCAACCAAGACAUUGUGUCAUAGCUCAUACUGAAAGCAUUAUAACUGUUACUCCAAGUAGUAGAGAUGCAGAAACCUAUGUAAAUGGAGCACGAAUAUAUGAAACUACUAUUCUUCAGCAUGGCAUGAUUGUUCGUUUUGGAAAACUUCAUACUUUUCGAUUUAUUGAUCCCGUGCAUGAUCAGAAAAGAGGUGCAACACCAGAUUUGCGCCAAUCAACAGAUUAUCUUGAAAGAAAUUCAAGGAAAGAAGACCAGUUAUCUAUUCACCAUGGUGGUUACGAGACAACAUUUGAUGCUGAUGGCAAUGUUGAAACUGUAUCAACUCAUUCAAGAGAAGAGCACAUGUCCAGGAAAUCUGAUGAUGUUCAUUCUCAUCGUUCAGUUGGAAGAGAUAGCACUCAUGGUCAUGGUAGUUUUGAAAAAUAUGAUCAGCGUCGUGGUAACGAUCCUAUUUUACCUGCUGUAUUAGAAUUUUGGGAAGAAGGUGAAGACAAAUUCUUGAAUGCAACAAUAACUCAAUUAGAUCCAAGUCAAGUACAGUUUAAAUUAGCUCCUACAUAUACAUUGUAUAUGGCAGCUCGUUACAGAGCAUCAACUCAUUUUCGUCCAGAAACAACACCUAAUGAGAGAGCACAUAGAUUAACAGCAUUAAUGAAUAAAGUUGCAAGUAUGAUUCAUCAAGUUAUACAAGAUCGUUAUAGAGAUGCUGGAUCAUUGGCAUUUUGGCUUGCAAAUGCAUCUGAAUUACUUCAUUUUUUAAAACAAGAUCGUCAUUUAAGUGCCUAUACUCUUGAUGCUCAAGAUAUGUUAGCUGAGAGUGUUCAAUUAGCUUUCCGUAGUUUAGUUACUUGUCAGCAAGGAGAACUACAAACUGCAAUGCCUGCCUUUUUAGAAGAUCGUGAUGAUGUGAGUGAAGAAGAAGGUACUACAGAAAGUAAAGCUUCUUCAUAUGAUCGUUAUAGAGAUGCUGGAUCAUUGGCAUUUUGGCUUGCAAAUGCAUCUGAAUUACUUCAUUUUUUAAAACAAGAUCGUCAUUUAAGUGCCUAUACUCUUGAUGCUCAAGAUAUGUUAGCUGAGAGUGUUCAAUUAGCUUUCCGUAGUUUAGUUACUUGUCAGCAAGGAGAACUACAAACUGCAAUGCCUGCCUUUUUAGAAGAUCGUGAUGAUGUGAGUGAAGAAGAAGGUACUACAGCUGAUGUUCUAAAUGUAUUAUCAAAUGCAAUGUCAUUGUUAAGACGAUGCCGGGUGAAUGCUGCUCUGACUAUUCAACUCUUUUCUCAGUUAUUUCAUUAUAUCAAUAUGUGGCUAUUUAAUAAAGUUGUAUGUGAUGCAAGACCAAAUUUAUGCACUCGUUUGUGGGGAGUAAGAUUUAAGAGAAGAUUAGGCAGAGUGGAAGCUUGGGCAGAAAAACAAGGUCUCGAAUUAGCUGCAGAUUGUCACUUAAGUCGUAUUGUUCAGGUUGCAGAAAAUACAGCUGAUGAGCUAGCACGAAGUGAUGGAAGAGAAGUAAAAUUAGAGGAAGAUGCUGAUCUUCAACUACCUUUCCUUCUACCAGAAGAUGGAUAUUCUUGUGAUAUAGUUAGAGGAGUCCCUGCUGGACUUCAAGAAUUUGUUCAACCAUUAGUUCAGACAGGUUUAUGCCAUCUUACUAUUCAGACAUCUUCAUCAGGAUAUUGGACAAUAUACAUGUCAGAUCAAGAUAUUGGACAUUUUCCACCACGGGCUUGUAGUCCAAGUAUCCACAGUCAUACUGGCGAUGGUGAAGGUAGUGGACGUGGUUCUGCUGUUCCUCCAGAACCAGAAGUAACAACUAUUCGACUUCAGAAAAGCAAUAAUGGAAUUGGACUUAGUAUUGUAGCUGCAGGGGGAGUUGAUCAAGAUAAAUUGGGUAUUUACGUUAAAUCAGUGGUAAAAGGUGGAGCUGCAGAUUUGGAUGGAAGAUUACAAGCUGGAGAUCAGUUAUUAAAAGUAGACGGCCAAUCUUUGGUUGGAAUUUCUCAAGAAAAAACAGAAAUGAUUAAUUUCUAUCUUUUGUAUACAAAACAAACAGAUGGAAGAUUACAAGCUGGAGAUCAGUUAUUAAAAGUAGACGGCCAAUCUUUGGAUGGAAGAUUACAAGCUGGAGAUCAGUUAUUAAAAGUAGACGGCCAAUCUUUGGUUGGAAUUUCUCAAGAAAAUUAUGCUUGGUCUUUUCCAUUGACAGUUUGGGGUUAUUCUCUUUUUUCCUUUCAUUCUUUCCUAUUAUUUAAAAUUGAUAACAUUUUCUAUAAAGGAUCUGCUCCUCCUCCUUACAUGAUUCAAGAUAAACAACUAACUACAAGUUUUUCUCAUCCUGUUCCUAAUCUUCAGCAAUAUACUCUUCAGCAAGCAUCUUGUUUUUCUUAUUAUUCUGCAUCUCGCUUAGAAAGAGUUAAUCCAACGAUUCAUAAGACAAAUUCUUCAACAGCUUUUGCUGUUUCUCCUAGACAAUGGGAAGCUGUGCAAACCCUUGAUAGAUCUGCAGGUCAUUCCAAACAAAAGAAGGGAAUAAUAAUUAAUCAGCAAACUCCAUUUUCAUAUUUAAAAGGUCCUUUAAAAAAUUCUUUACUAAUACAUAGCUGUUCAGCACAAAAGACUAUUGAUGAAAUUCCUAAAGACAGACCAAAAAGUGAUGAAUCACUUCUAGAACAUCCUAACAGGUGCUCUUGUCCUCAGUGUUGCCCAUCCUGUCGUUGGGAAUUGAUCACUGGACGUCCCUGGAGUGAUGAAUCUAUUGGUUCUAAUCCUAGAAGUUGUUCUUGUGAAGAAUGCUGUCCCACUUGCCGAUUACAACGAAAUUUAAAAUUUCGCCAAAGAAAUGCUAGAAUUCCUUACGAAGUUUCUUUUUGCAAAUUAUGUGAAAGGAAUUAUCAAGCAUACCAACAAUCAUUAUUCAGAUUAUCCAUGUUAAAUACAAUACCAAACAGUAUGGAAAUACCUUCUUUGGCCGAAUGUACUUGCUAUAUGUGCCAUCAUGGAACACUUUCAUCAUUAUGGACAGCAACAUCUAAUGUUCAAUUCAUACAAGAUAUGUCAAAGGCAGAAAAUAGAGAAUCAAAUAAUUUAACAAGGAAUGUUUCAAAGCCUUUGCGAAAACAAACAUCUUACACAUUUCAAGAAAAACAAGAAAUUAAACAAAAAUCAUAUCAUUCAAGCCUUGAAGGUUUUAUAGAUUCACCAAAAGAAGAGAAUGAGACAAGAGAUAUAACAUCUCAGCUUGUUUCUGCUUCCAUGACUAACGUCAAUUCUUCUGCAAAAUUAAAUAGACCUCAUAGACUUAGUGAACGAGAUAUUCCAAGCAGAGUUAUGCAUGAUCAAAAUUAUGAUCCACGAUUGUUUAAUGUCUCAGGUAGUAGAAUUCAAGGAAGUAAAAGUGUUCCUUCUUUAAAUAGUGGACAAUCUGUUCAAGAUACAAAUCGACCACCUAGCACAAGUUCACGAUCUCAUGAAGUAUAUAAUCCAGCGUACAGUCGCACUUCAUCUACUACAUCUAUACCAAAAGCUGCAGAAUUCUCUGGUCCAAUUCCUAAUGAUUCAGCAGGUCGUUCAAAAUCUACCAAUAACCUUAGACAAGAAACAUCAAAUGACAGAUAUCCUUAUAUACCACCAGUAGGACAUCCACCACCAGCUUACAGUGCAACUCCUGGACCUGUAGGUCGACCUGGAUCACAACCAAAUUUACAUCAUCAGUCGCAACAAGCACAACAAUUAAUUCAAGAAGAAAGACAUUAUCAAAAUAUUAGCAUGUAUCAACAACAAAAUAGUCAUUCAUUAUCAAGGCCUACUCCAACUCAAUAUUCUCAACAGCAACAGCAACAGCAGCAGCAACAACAACAACAUCAACAGCAGCAAUUACCACAGCAGCAGCAGCAACAACAUAUUCCAAAAAUAAUUCAUGGUUCACAUUCCUCAUUAAAUCGACCAGAUCAUCAACAGAUGAUGACCCAAUCAUCAUUAGAUCGUUCAAGACCACUUUCUACUCUUGUAUCACCACGUGAACAAGAACAGUAUGUUAAUUCUUUGGGUUAUAUGCAUAAUACUGGCACUUCACUUCCUCCUCCACCUUCACCACAUCGAAGUCAAUCUGGACAUGUUGGUCCUGAAUAUAGACCCCAACCUCAAGGUCAUAUUCAGCAAAGACUUCCUGAUGGAAGAGAAUAUCAUAAUCCUCCAGAUCAGCAUUUCUUUAAUGAAGCAAUUCCAGAAAAUGUACCUUACGGAGAUCAUAAUUCUCGUAACUACCUUCCAAGUUAUAGUCAUGGCCAUAUUCAACCUCAGCACGUUGAAUCUCGGCAGCGUGAUUUAAUUCGCCAAGAAGCUAAGAUGGAGGAAAUGAGAGAAGAAGUCCGUCGUAGAGAAGAGCGCAAUCAUCAACAGUCAAAUCAACCAUGGGGUGUCAUGAGAUCUCCUCAGUCUGGGAUGCUUCCACAGAGUAAUAGACAACCACCUCCAGGAUAUCCUGGUCCUGGUUCUUAUAAUUCUCCACCAGGACCACAAGGUCCUCGUACAAACACAAUUGGUGGACCACCACCACCUCCAGCUCCAAAACCAAGACCACAUUCAGGAAAUGAAAAAUCUCAUAAACAAUAUGGAUAUAAUAGUCGCCAUGAUAACUUACCAGAAAAUCAUAAUGCAUACCAGGAUUCAUCAAAUCCAUUAACAUCAAGCAAUAGUCAUUUAACUUCACAACAGAGGCCUCCUCCACCUGCUGUCAGUUAUCGUUAUGGUCCUUCUGGUUAUCCUCCAAGACCUGGAGAAAAUCAUUCAAAUAUUGGAAAACCACCUUAUCUAGAUCCUAGAAUAAGUGCAGCAUUUGCAAAGCAAUCUUCUAUCAUUCAAAGUGCUCAAGGUCAAAAACAAGUUACAUUUGAUACUUUACGUUCGCUCUCUGUUUCUGGACAUCCAUCAUCUCAAGAUAAAAAAGAUUCUUCAAGUUUAGCUAGUCCUUCACCGUGGGAAAGAGAAGAAAAAGAGAAGAUUCAAAAAGGUUCGAAUUAUUUGCAAACAUCUCAACCAAUUAACACUACAUGCUAUCCACUUCAGAAGCAGCGUUUGGAAGAAGCUCGUAGAGUUCGGGAUGAUGAAAUAAGGGAAUUAGAAACACUACAGCGUCGUAAUCCAAAACAGGAAGAAAGAUUACGAACUCUUCGCUUAGAACAAGAAUUUCAGAGACGUGCUGAAGAAUUGCAUGGAGAUGAAGAAGAAGAGGAGGAUGAGGAGCUUCUUGAUCGUGCUGAAAACAGGGAAAGAAUGUUGAAAGUACAAGAAGAUUUAGAGAGAGCAAGGCAACGACGAUUAGAAUGGGAACAAGAACAACAUCAGAAACAAUCAGUUCUUUCACCUCAAGAAGAAUGGAAACGUCGCCAAUUAGAUAAACAACAUAGUCAAAUAGAACCAUCUUCAAGAUGUUUUAUAUCUUUUUGCUGUAGCUCUGCAUUUAUGUUUGAAAAGUCUUUUAUAUUACGUAACUAUCGACUGUUGAAAGUACAAGAAGAUUUAGAGAGAGCAAGGCAACAACGAUUAGAAUGGGAACAAGAACAUCAUCGGAAACAAUCAGUUCUUUCACCUCAAGAAGAAUGGAAACGUCACCAAUUAGAUAAACAACGUAGUCAAAUAUAAGAACAAGAAGGCAGGUUAAAGCAGUUAAGAUUAGAAGAAGUAAAUAGGAAGAAAGAACUUGAAGCAGCAAAGGAAGUUGAAGAGCAGCUAUUAAGAGAAGCUAGGAGAAGACAGGAUGAAGAACAUCGAGCACAGCGAACUACACAGCAACAACAAAGAUUUAGUCCUCAUGCAGCUCCACCACCAUAUAAUAAUCAGACUGCUAUUAAUGCUCAACCUAGGAUUGAUAUGACAUUAAAUAACCAGCAAGACAUUCCACCUCCUUUACCGACUUCUCCUCCUCCUCUUGAAACAGAAUACAGUAAUCAUUAUAAUCAAAAUACUUUGAUGCAUGAAGUAGCCUACUCUCAGUAUGGACAUCCUCAUCCUUCAGGCUCUCAAAGGCUUGAUACUCUAUUAAUGACAUCUUCAAAACCCCAACCAACUCAAACAAAUUCUUUAUACAAUGACAAAUCUUUGGGUCCCCCUCCAGCUCCUCCAGAACGCAAGUCAUCUUAUGAAGUCACAAAUCACAUGACUUCAAGUAAUAGUCGUGUUGUUGGUACCUCUUCAUUACGCAACGGUGAUAGCAGUAAUCAUUCUCAUCAGCCAAAGAAAGUUUCAUUUCAUGAUUCACAGUUGGAAACAGAAAUGACUUAUGAUGCUAAUGGUAAUCAUGAUUUACAAGAGAAUUCUGUACAGAAUGUAACGUGUAAUCAGAUACAGUCAAAUUAUACAAUGAAUUCAAAUUCUCAAUCUUAUACACUUCAGGAUAUAGAUGAGGUAUUGGCAACACCACACAAUUCCCAAAAUUUGAAUACAUACAGUGCUGGAAGUACGCCCGGUGUCAUUGGAGCUCAAGAAAUAUAUCGUGAUCCAAGGCAGCGCAUUGAGGCCGAGCGACUGCAGCACCAUUUCGAAUACGGUAAGAGCACAGGGCCAGAAAAACUUACUUUUCGAGAAAAGAUGAAAAUGUUUGCCAUGGAAACGGGAGAAGCAGAAACGCCAAAGGACAAGGUAAAAAUAUCUCGAGCUCAGAGAGAUAUCGAAACAAAUAUGAAUGGAAAUACAUGAACAAUAUUUAAAUUAUAUAAAUAAUUGUCAAUCUACUUAUUGCUGGUUUGCAAUUUUUUGUAAAAAUCAGCUGCUAGAUAAACAUUAUCAAAUAUGUACAGAUUCUCUGUAGAAAACUGUGCAUUUUUAAUGAACAACAUUUUUAUAUUUUUGAGAUAAUCUCAUUUUUCAUUCAAAUAGAAUUACAUCAGUACAUAUCCAUUUUUAAAGUUAUUAUGUCAACAUUGUAGAACAUCCAAUUAUAAUUCCAUGAAAUCAUACAAUUUAAUGGAAAAGAUCAGUUAUCUGGAGAAUAAAAUUUGUACACUUGUGAAUUAAAAAUCAGAACAAUGUCUGUUCUCAAA